AUGAGCGCCGUCGCUGAGCCUACCAAGGCUGACGAGGUCCCCAAGACCGACGAGGCUGUUCCUGCUGUCGAGACUGCCGCCGAGACCGCCCCUGUCGAGGCCGCGACCGAGAAGACCGACGAGACGGUUGCCGCCGCCGACAAGCCUGCUGAGCCUGAGGCCGAGGUCGCUGCCGCGACCACCGAGGAGCCCAAGAUCAUCAAGACCAGCGCCCAGCACGACCAGCGCGACAGCCGCAACAACAAGAAGUUCGAUGCUUCUCUCCUGCCUGAGUCGGAUGAUCCCAGCCAGAUGCGUCGUCAGGUCGAGUUUUACCUCAGCGAUGCCAACCUCCCUUCAGAUGAGCACCUCUGGAACCUCACUGGUGGUCCCGAGAACAAGCCCGUUGACGUCAAGCACAUUCACAACUUCAAGCGCAUGCGAUGCUACCCCAACUACGCAACGCUUGUGAGCGCGCUCAAGGAGAGCACCGUCCUCGAGGUCAUCGGCGAGGAGGGCGAGGAGCAGGUCAAGCGCAAGGAGCCCUACAAGCUCACCGUCGAUAAGAACGACGUUACCAAGCGCGCUGUCUACGUCAAGGGUUUCGGUGACGAAACCCCCAAGACCCAGUUCGAUCUCGAGGAUUUCUUCACCGAGCACGGCGGCGAUGUCGCGGCCGUCCGUCUCCGUCGCACAGAUGAGAAUCUCUUCAAGGGCUCCGUCUUUGUCGAGUUCAAGACCGAGGAGGGCGCCAAGGCCUUCCUGGCUAUCGAGCCCAAGCCCAAGUACAACGGCCACGAGCUGAAGAUCAUGUCCAAGGGCGCCUAUGUCGCCGAGAAGAGCGGCAUGAUUGCUCGCGGCGAGAUGCAGCCCAGCGCCUCGGCUAGGAAGUUCUGGGAGGGCAAGGGUGGCAAGUCCGGCAAGACGAACGGUCGCGGACGUGGCGGUCGCCCCAACGGCGGCGACAAGGACGACUGGAAGAGCCGCCGUGACCAGGAUCAGAAGGGCGGCUUCCGUGGAGGCCGCGGUGGCAGGGGAGGGCGUGGCCGCGGUGGACGUGGCCGUGGUGGUGGUCGCGGUCGUGGAGGUUUCCAGGACCGCGGUGGCCGCGACAACUCGCGCAACGAUGAGCGCAACGCUGCCCAGCCCACGAUCCAGGCCACCACCAGCGAGGGCAAGCCCGUCAAUGACAACGGAAAGCGCGGGCGUGAGGAGAACGGCGAGUCUGGCGCCCCCCAGGCGAAGAAGGUCGACACUAAGGUCUAG